AUGAAGGAGUUCUAUAUUACCGCGACACGUGCCGGCCCAUCGUCCGAAGUUUUCCGUUCCAGAGUGUUUGCGCCAAAUUUUGUCGUCGCAAAGAGCAAAUUCUGGAUGAUGUUGAAGAAGCAACAGAAAAUUAAGAAGGCUGAUGCUUCACUCCUUGAGUGCAUUAGAAUUUAUGAGAAGAACCCAACCGUCGUUAAGAACUUCCAGAUCUUCUUGAGAUACGUCUCAUCCGGUGGAAUUCACAACAUCACCAAACAAUACAGAGAUGUCACAAGAGUCGGUGCUGUCACACAAAUGUACAACGACAUGGCCUCCCAAUACAAAACCAGACAAGACAAAAUCCAAAUCAUCUCCAUCUCCACAAUCGCUGACAAGGAUGUCAAAAACCCAGUCUUGAGACAAUUCGUCGGUCCACACGUCAAAUUCCCACUCCUCCACCAAAAACCAACCCUCGUCUCCAGAAGAUAUGCUCCAGCUUUCAAGGCAGGAAAAGUCCACACCAAAAAGUGCUAA